AAAUUGAAAAAAUAUAACCUAUAUGAAAAAUUGCAUUUUACUAAACUUUUUAAAGAAAAUGUUAAGAUAUUUACUACACGUAUCGUACAUUGGAACUUCUUUUAAGGGGGUACAACGUCAAAUUAUAGCUUCAAAUGGUAGAACAGAUGAUCUCAAUACUGUACAAGGAUUACUUGAAAUAGGUUUAAAAAAGUUACGGCCCGUCAACGAACCACAAGUUAUCAUAUCAAGCAGAACAGAUGCGGGAGUUCAUUGUAUAAAUUCCACUGUACAUGUAGAUCUAAAGCACCACAAAACUGCAUUUGACCCGGAGCAUAUAACCUUUGGCAUUAAUAAAUUUUUUAAUAAAGUGAAUGUUCCUGUAAGAAUUCUGAAGACUUUUAUUGUACCAACAACUUUCCAUUGUCGUUACAAUGCAAUUUCAAGAACCUAUUUAUAUAAAUUGGCAGUGAUAAAUAAUUACAAAAAUUCUAUUUUAACGGAAUAUAUUCCAAUUGAAGAUUAUGAUAGAUGUUUAUAUAUAUGUGCUAAGGACUUUGAUUUAGAUACAGCUCAAAAGGCUGCCAAGUUAUUUGAGGGGGAGCACGACUUUAGGAGUUUUAUGGGGCGAGAGACGUUACACCCAAAUAAAGUUACUAGAAGAAAUAUAGAGAAAUUAGAAAUUUAUGAAAAGCCUCUUCCUACUUACAAGCAUCCAUCUUGCAUCUCAUCAACUUUAAACUACAAAUAUUAUGAAGUGGUCGUCAAGUCAACUGGUUUUUUAUAUAAGCAAUCGAUCGAGCACUUACUAGGUUUUUUUACUGUUCCAACACGUUUCUUAACCUCACUAGACGGGUUGGACUGGAGGGAAACGUACCAAAAUGGNAUUGCAUACACAUCAACCAAUAUAUCAAUUAUAAUCGAAAACUUUGUGAAUCAACACUUAUUUAAAUUAAUAUAA